ACUGGGACUACCCUGGCUGUGUUCAGGUUAAUGUUUCCGGAUGAGGAUAAGGAGAGGAAGUUUGGAAUGCAGGAGAAGGUGUUGGCGGAAGCGUUGGGAGGGGUUUUGGGUGUGGAGAUGGGGAGGGGCGGGAGAGGGGAGGUGUUGAGAGAGUGGAGGGACGGGGAGGAUUGUCUGGGAAAGGUUGUGGGUGAUGUUGUGUGGGAGAAGAAUCCGGAUGAAGAGGCUGUCGGCCCAUUGAGUUUACUUGAGGUGGAUAGCUUACUCUCUGAACUAGCGGCCCUAUCUAUAUGGUCCAAUUCCUCCUUUCGUUCGACGUCGACAGGGUCCGACUCCCCUGGACGCCGUACUCGCAAAGAAAUUCUCCGAACCCUCUACACAGACCUCCCGCCCAGGGACGCCUGUUAUUUAACUCAGAUCAUCCUCAAAGAUCUCCGACCGGUUCUGUAUCCUACGCCAGGCCGGACCACCGCCGAGUCGUUAUUGGGGUUCAAGAGCGACUCGGUGAAGAUGCUAAGUAAAGAGGAUGCGAUGAGACUGUGGGAUGAUACAGGGAUGAUGAGGAAGGCGUUUGAUGCGCGAGGAACGUUUGAAGAGGCAGCGCUGGUUUUUGAGGGUGGUGAGGAACAGGUAAACCCGGUCGUCGGGAAGAAACUGCAGAUCCCGAAAUGUGUCAAGGGCCAAGGUUGCAAACAGGCCCUCCGUCAUUUCAAGGAUGCCUCGACGGUGUAUGCGGAAACGAAGUACGACGGCGAACGCGUGCAGUUGCACUUUUGGCUCGAUGAGCAUGGGGUGUCGCAUAUCAAGAUUUACAGUAAGAGCGGGAGGGACUCAACGCUCGAUAGAGCUGCGUUACACCCAUUGAUACGGGAUGUGUUGCAGCCCGGUAAGCAUUGGCAGAAGAGCUUGAUUUUGGAGGCGGAGAUGGUUGCGUGGUCAGACGAGUUGAGUCGCGUGGAUGAAUUCUGGCGCAUCAGAAGCCUUGUAGAAUCGACUGCUAUUGGCGGACGUGCGCGCUACAAAUGGAGGACUUAUCACGCUCACAGUUCACAAUGCUCGAUAAUCUCCGACGCCUCCGACUCCGACACGCGUCACCUCUCCCUCAUCUUCUUCGACGUCCUCCUCAUCGACUCAAAAUCCCUCCUCCCAAUGCCCUACACCCGCCGGCGCACCCUUCUCUCCUCCAUCGUAUCUCCCCUCGAACACGGUCGUGUCAUGCUCGCAGAGAGCUGGCCCAUUGAUAUGAGCAAAGGUAUGGAGGAAGGUGCGAGGCAGCUGAGAGAGAUUUUUGCGGGCAGUUUGGCGGGGUUCGAGGAGGGGUUGGUGUUGAAGGAUGGGGAUUCGGGGUGGAGAAAUUGGAGGCGGCCUUGGGUUAAGCUGAAGAAGGAUUAUAUAACGGGGUAUGGUGACUGUGUUGAUAUGGUCGUUAUGGGUGCUGGGUGGGACAAGGACAGAGCACGAGAACUGAAAGUCGGACCAGAGACAUUGACGACGUUCUAUCUCGGGGUUCAGACCAAUGAUAGCGAUACCAGACGCGACCCCAAAAUAAAGCCACACUUCGAGAUGUUCAUGCUCGUCUCCUACGGCUUAAGCAGGGAACAACUCGAAGAUGCCAAUUUUCGUCUCAAGGGUCUUCCAUACACGUUCGCCUACUCGAAAAGGCUCCCACCUCCGACGGUCAUGAUGCACGAACCGCUCUUAGCUGAAGUAUUCGGCGCUGGGUUCACGAAGGAUCGAGGAGCUAAGAACUACACCCUCCGUUUCCCGCGCAUGACCAAACUCCACCGCACGAACGAACGCUCCUGGCGUUCUGCAGUCUCCAUGUCCCAAUUCGACAAGCUGGCACAUGAAGCAGUAGGCAGGGAGAGUUCGAAAGAUGAG